AUGGACGCACCAUGGCACCUCCUCCCCAGGGGGGAGAAAGACCCUGGCAAAGCCUUGUUGGAGCUCUUGGCAAACCCCUUCGCCUCUCAGUUACAACAAAACUCCAUUUGGGCCGCGUUGGCCUCCUCCCUAGGUAUCACAGCCGCCAUUGCCGUCUGCUUCUCUUUCCUUCGCCCAUACAAUAGCGUUGUAUAUGCGCCGAAGCUCAAGCAUGCCGACGAGAAACAUGCCCCCCCGCCCCUGGGGAAGGGAAUCUUCGCCUGGAUCUUCCCGCUGUGGUCGACUUCGGAGCAGGAUCUGGUCAACUUGGUGGGCUUGGACGCUGCCCUGUUCAUGCGCUUCACCAGGAUGUGCCGCAACAUCUUUCUCGUUCUCGCCGUGCUCGGUUGCGCCAUCAUAAUACCCAUCAACUACACCAACUAUGUCACUAUUGGGGAUGGCGACCAAUGGGUGCUGAUGGUCACGCCAAAGAAUGUCUGGGGUUCUCCGCAAUGGGCUACCGUGGUGUUCGCUUGGCUGUUGGCCAUUGUCGUGUGCGGCUUUCUAUGGUGGAACUAUAGGAAAGUUCUGCAGUUGAGACGCCAGUACAUGAAGAGCGAGGAGUACCAACAAAGUCUCCACGCCCGCACCUUGAUGCUGUAUGAUAUUCCCAAGAACCUUCGCUCCGACGAGGGCAUUGCCCGGAUCGUGGAUACCGUCGCCCCAAACUCGUCCUUCUCCAGAACCGCCGUUGCCCGCGACGUCAAGGUGCUUCCCGACUUCAUCCAGCAGCAUGAGAAGGCGGUCCGAAAAUUGGAAAAGGUACUGGCCAUCUAUCUGAAGGAUCCGAAUAAUCUCCCGGCCGAAAGGCCCAAGUGCUCUCCAUCCAAGAAAGACCCUUCGUACGGGACCUACCCGAAAGGCCACAAAGUGGAUGCCAUCGAGUACCUCACGCAGCGCAUCAAGCUGCUGGAGUUGGAAAUCAAAGAGGUCCGCCAACGUAUCGAUAAGAGGGGUUCUAUGCCCUACGGAUUCUCGUCUUACGCAGACAUCGCUGAGGCGCAUGCCAUCGCCUUCGCCUGCCGCAAGAAGAAGCCGCACGGGGCGACCAUCAAGCUCGCCCCCAGGCCAAAUGAUAUCAUCUGGGACAACAUGCCGCUCAGUCCAUCAACCCGGAAGACGAGGAGGCUGUGGAUCAACUUCUGGAUCACGGUUCUCACUCUCCUGUGGAUCGCACCCAACGCCAUGAUUGCCAUCUUUCUGGUCAACUUGGGCAACCUGGGCAAUGUGUGGCCCGCCUUCCAGCAAUCGCUCAUAGCGAACGCGGGGAUAUGGUCCGUCGUCCAGGGUAUUGCUUCCCCGGCGCUCAUGUCGCUUGUCUAUCUCGUCCUUCCCAUCAUUUUCCGGCGCUUGUCCAUCAGGGCAGGCGACCAGACAAAAACAGGGCGCGAGCGUCACGUCGUGGCAAAGCUCUAUGCCUUCUUCGUCUUCAACAACCUCGUCGUCUUCUCCAUAUUUAGUGCCUUGUGGAGUUUUACAUCGAAUGUUAUCCAGCAGACGAGCAUGGGCGUGGAUGCUUGGACCGCUAUUUUGAAGGAGAAUAUUGGCGAGACCCUGUUCCAGGCUCUUUGCGGACUGUCCCCGUUCUGGGUCACUUGGCUCCUCCAAAGACAACUGGGCGCGGCCGUCGACCUGGCUCAGCUCUGGACGCUCCUCAGCAGCUUCAUCAUGCGCAAGUUCUCGAGCCCGACACCACGGGAGCUGAUUGAGCUCACUGCGCCGCCACCUUUCGACUAUGCGAGCUACUACAACUAUUUCCUGUACUAUUCAACGGUCGCUCUUUGUUUCGGCGCUCUGCAGCCGCUUGUCCUGCCGGCCGCGGCUCUGUACUUUUGCAUCGACGUUGGGCUGAAGAAGUACCUGCUGCUCUACGUCUUUGUCACCAAGACAGAGAGUGGCGGCAUGUUCUGGCGCGUCUUGUUUAACCGCUUCCUUUUUGGCACUAUCCUCUCUCAGCUCGCCGUCUUUAUGAUCGUCUGGGUACGGGGCGACGGCACUCAUAUUCAUGCCUACGCCGUCGCGCCUCUCCCGUUCCUGAUGAUCGGCUUUAAGAUCUUCUGCGCGCGCUCCUUUGACUACAAGAUUCAUUACUACACCACGAGGUAUUCGGCGCAGCAGCAAGCCGAGUCAGGCAUGGACGUGAAGGAGCAGAGUCUGCGCAAUGACCGGCUCGCCGCUCGUUUUGGCCACCCUGCUCUUUACAAGCCCCUCAUCACGCCCAUGGUGCAUGCCAAGGCGCAGAACUUGCUCGCUAGCGUGUAUAGCGGGCGGUUAAGUGACGGUCGGGAUGCCGGCUUCGACGAUUCCCAGACCGUCAGCGGAUACAGCGAUACCUACGCCCUCGACAACAUGGCGGCCGGCAAGGCUGGCAAAACCUCGCCUGCAAUGCCCGGGUUUGAAGUCGUGCCCGAGUCCCGCCUCGAUUUCGAAUUCUACAAGAACCGCGACGAAUUUGCCGCGGACCACGGCGGCGGCGAGCUAUUUGGGCGGCCCUCGGAUAUGAUUCGGCCCGGCACGCCAGGCACGAUUGGCAGCUCCGAGGCUACCUCCCGACCGGGUACGCCCGUGGGUGGGAUGGGUUUCGGUGGCCGAGGCGGAAACCUGCGUACAUACACGGACUCUAGCGUCUUCUCGGCUUACCCUUCACAGCCCCAGCCAUAUCCAGGCCAGGUGGCCCUAUCCGAACUCGCCGCUCGCACCCGAAGCCCAAUGCCCCUGUACACCCACGGCAACGACAGCGGCGCAAACCUCGUCGCGAGCGCGGCUCCCAUGCCGGUUGCCACCCCGGCGUACCCGCCGACGCUUAGCACGUACGGAGCCAGAGACAGAGACCCCAGGUUCGAGCCGAGCGCGACCAUGGGCGGCAGCGCCUCCUCCCGGCACCACGCCGCGACUUCCGCGCUGCCGGGGAGCAGCCGCGCCCCGGGAAUGCUGGGCGGUGGGCCGUAUGGUUAUGGUGGGCUGCCGCAGACGGAUGAUCUGGACCUCGUGCAGUCGCCUCCGUUGGGGACGGUGCAGGAUCCAGCGCAGUAUGAUUACUUUAGGGGAGGCAGUGGGAGUAGAGGGGCCGGUGCUGGGACGCCAGGGGCGGCGACAAGGGGUGCUGGUGGGGGAAGCCGUAUUUGGGAUGGGAAUUAG